CUACAUAUUGAACUCGCUAUUGAACUAGUUCUUGUAGAUGUACCACAACUUUAUCCGUCUUUGAAGAUAAGAUUUUGUUAGAUUUUAUAACAUUUUGCCUGAAUUUCUGAUGGAAGUUUGAUUAUAAUGUAGUGCAAUAUCUGUAAAGACGAGAGCGCAUAUCUACAUCUCUUAGAUUGUAGUACCCAAAACAAAAUUACUAUACAAAAAUUACAACCAAAUGAAUAUCAUAGGAAAACUUAAAAAAUCUAUGUCGGACGUCAUAAGAAAAUCAUGUAUUAAUGUAAUAAGAAAACAUGUAUAUGAUUACUAUGUACAUAUCUAAGCACAGUUUAAAAAAUAAUUCAACUCAUACUUUAAAUAUGGAUCUAUCAUUGUCCCACGAGACUGCAAAUAUGCAAUCCCAAUAUCCAUCAUUUCAAAAUUAUGAACCAUUUUCGACAUCUGGAUUUACGAACUCGCCCAUAUAUAUCACAAAACCGCCUGAAUUUGGUGCCAUAACAAAUGUUGGGCCAGAAUGUUCAGUUAUGGACCCUCAAAAUAAGAUUGAGACCACUUCACCAGAUAUUUCUAUUCCUGGUAUGGAAAAUAACUCGUUAACUGCAUCGGUGAGAUACGUACAAGCAGGACAGUUUGAUGACACCACAGAAUAUGGUGUAGCUGGAAUACCUUGUGGUAUAGCCUCUGAGUACACAGAUGAAUCAGUUGUACCUUACUGCUAUAAGUCUGAAGCUAAUUACGCAGGAGUUCAAAGCACAAUAUCAAACAUUAAAUCAUUUUCUGGACGGCCUUUUAAUGAUAACUUUAAUGAGUCCGAAGAAACCUCGGAUUCGCAAAUUCGAACCUUUGAAAAUUCAGUAGAAUUUAAAUUACCACAAUUCGCCAUGAGUUCGUAUAAUACCAUGCCUCAAAAGCUUGGAGAAAAAGAUGAAUAUCUUGAAGAAUCAGAAAAUGAAAUUUGCCCAACAAUGAGGUGGCGAGAUCCGAAUUUGUCGGAAGUUAUAAGUUUUUUAAGCAAUCCAAACAGUGCAAUAAAGGCAAAUGCAGCAGCAUACUUACAACACUUAUGCUACAUGGAUGACCCAAACAAGCAACGAACCAGAUGCCUCGGAGGAAUACCUCCUUUAGUUCGGCUGCUGUCAUAUGAUUCUCCAGAAAUACACAAAAAUGCUUGCGGUGCCCUGCGAAAUUUAUCUUACGGCAGACAAAAUGAUGAAAACAAACGAGGAAUAAAAAAUGCUGGUGGAAUAGACGCAUUGGUACAUCUUCUUUGUCGAUCUCAAGAAACAGAAGUUAAAGAAUUAGUGACUGGAGUAUUGUGGAAUAUGUCUUCCUGUGAAGAUUUAAAACGUUCAAUUAUUGACGAAGCACUCGUUGCUAUAGUCUGCAGCGUUAUUAAGCCUCAUUCCGGGUGGGAUGCAGUGUGUUGUGGAGAGACGUGUUUUUCUACAGUAUUUCGAAAUGCUUCUGGAGUGUUACGAAAUGUCAGCUCUGCUGGAGAACAUGCAAGAGGAUGUCUUCGUAACUGCGAACACUUAGUAGAAUGUCUUCUUUAUGUAGUACGAACAGCGAUUGAGAAAAACAAUAUUGGGAAUAAAACAGUUGAAAAUUGCGUAUGCAUACUUCGCAAUCUCUCAUACCGUUGUCAAGAGGUUGAAGAUCCCAAUUACGACAAGCAUCCAUUUAUAACACCGGAAAAGGCAUUUCCGUCAUCAUCGAAAGGAGAAAAUCUAGGCUGCUUUGGAACGAGUAAGAAAAAGAAAGAAGGUACCAACAACCCCGAAGCUUUUGACGACUGCAACAUUCCCACAGAGUAUUCGAAAAAUGCAGUAACUUAUAACCAUUUGAACAAGGGAUAUGGACAAUUAUGGCAACCUGAAGUAGUUCAAUACUAUUUAUCCUUACUGCAAAGUUGUUCGAAUCCAGAAACUCUCGAAGCCGCAGCUGGAGCAAUUCAAAAUCUAUCUGCAUGUUACUGGCAACCAAGUGUUGAUAUUCGUGCAACAGUGCGUAAGGAAAAAGGUCUACCAAUACUUGUGGAGCUUCUUAGGAUGGAAGUGGAUCGCGUAGUCUGUGCAGUAGCCACAGCUCUGCGCAAUUUAGCAAUUGAUCAACGAAACAAAGAACUUAUUGGAAAGUAUGCGAUGCGAGACUUAGUACAGAAACUCCCAUCUGGAAAUUUACAACAUGACCAAAAUACUUCAGAUGACACAAUAACAGCUGUAUUAGCCACAAUUAAUGAGGUUAAAAAAAAUCCCGAGUUUUCUCGUUCCUUACUAGAUUCGGGAGGAAUCGACCGGCUAAUGAUCAUAACAAGACGAAAAGAAAAAUAUACCUCUUGCGUGUUGAAAUUUGCUAGUCAAGUUUUAUACACCAUGUGGCAACAUAACGAAUUGCGAGAGGUUUAUAAAAAGAACGGAUGGAAAGAAAAUGAUUUUAUAAGUAAACAUUUUACAGCACAGAACACUCCGCCAAAUUCACCAAACAACGUCAACAAUACACUCAAUAGACCAAUGGCUUCACAAGGACGUACUCGCUAUGAAGACAGAACUAUACAGCGAGCAACAAGCAGCUCAUAUGCUGCUAAGGAAUCCAGUGGUGCCGUUAUGUCUAGUAAUGAGACUGCACUGCUUUCAGAAAUGGUUAGAAAACAAUUAUAAAAUUAUUAUUUCUUAAUUAUUUCAGUACUAAAGAUUAUAUGAAAAGUAUUCAAUUUUUAAAUUAUUCAAAUAAAGCCUAUUAUUAAAUCCCUUUGACCAAAAGGUUUUUACAGCAUUUACCCAACAUAAUUGUAAAAUAUCACUAUAAUAAAAAUGUAAUCUGAAAACAUAAAAAUAAUGAUAAUUAAGAGAAGCUGUUUAUUUUUUAACUAUUAUUCGUUUAUUUCUAUUUUAUUAUAACUAAAGUUUUAUGCACUUUCACAACAUAAACAUAAAUCUACUUGCAUCAACGGGGAAUCACUUACUGCUCACUUUGUCAAUCGAAUAAAUAAAAUGUAACUAAUGCUGA